GGGGGGAAGAGGUAUGAGGUUUUGUGUUGAGUGACGUGACUGCGACGAAUGCGAACUUGGGCUUCCUGGGAUCCGGGACACCUCAGUAGUGGAUUAUCGAGUGGUUAGGAGAGACCUGAAAGAGACCGACGGAGCUCCUACCGGGUCUAUUUACAUUUACAGCGACUAUUGUGCGAACGCAUCCUGAGUGGGCCGGAGCCUGGGACUCGCGUAACUCCGGUGCCCGGUGUGAGGCCCGUUGUGUGGGCAUGAAGUGCUGCGCCUCGUUGGAUUCACUCCACGCCAGGUCCCACUGGGAUAGUUCAUGCCACAGGAGAGGACAGAUUGGAAAACCCAGAAAAUAAGCGCUCCUCGGCAUCUUCUGCGGACGCCGUUCCCAGAUCGGAGCUUCAGAGAGAAAUCCCUUUCCUGCGCAGCGCUCCUGUCACAGGGGGGGGAUCUUAGGGCGCCUGACAUGCCGAUUGCCUGCGUAGCCUCCUGAGAAGGAGAAUGGGGACUCAGGGUAGCCCGGUGAAGAGCUACGACUACCUUCUGAAAUUCCUGCUGGUUGGUGACAGUGAUGUGGGGAAGGGAGAAAUCCUGGAAAGCCUGCAGGAUGGAGCCUCGGAGUCUCCUUACUCCUAUAGUAAUGGUAUUGACUACAAAACCACUACCAUCCUGCUAGAUGGCAGACGGGUCAAACUAGAGCUAUGGGACACAUCUGGCCAAGGCAGGUUCUGCACAAUAUUCCGCUCUUAUUCCAGAGGUGCCCAGGGCAUUCUCUUAGUUUACGAUAUCACAAACCGAUGGUCCUUCGAUGGAAUAGACCGUUGGAUCAAAGAGAUUGAUGAGCAUGCCCCAGGGGUGCCACGCAUCCUUGUGGGAAAUCGACUGCACUUGGCUUUUAAACGACAAGUCCCCACUGAACAGGCUCGGGCUUACGCUGAGAAAAAUGGAAUGACGUUUUUCGAAGUUAGCCCCCUCUGCAACUUCAAUGUAACCGAAUCCUUUACGGAGCUGUCUCGCAUUGUCCUGAUGAGACAUGGGAUGGAAAAAAUCUGGAGGCCGAACAGAGUAUUCAGCCUACAAGACCUCUGUUGCCGUGCCAUUGUCUCCUGCACCCCUGUACAUCUUAUUGACAAACUGCCCCUUCCGGUGGCAAUCAAAAGCCACCUAAAGUCUUUCUCCAUGGCCAACGGAAUGAAUGCAGUGAUGAUGCAUGGACGUUCGUACUCUGUGGCUGGUGGCAGCGGUGGAGCUGCAGGAAGCGGUGGAGGAAGCAAAGGCAAUAGCCUUAAACGUUCAAAAUCCAUCCGGCCACCGCAAAGCCCCCCUCAGAACUGCUCCAGAAGCAACUGUAAGAUAUCUUAGUGUGAGAAUCCGGAUUGCUUGAUGCUUCCUACAAACCACCGUGGUAAAACUGCAGCUUGAUGCCAGGGAUGUUUGGAAAGUCCAAUUAGAGAGCUUACCAACCCAUGGUGACUUUUGCAUGGACCCUAAAAACCAUUCCUCUUCUGUGUGGUAUCUGCUUCCAAGCAAGGAGCAUUUGGAGCGAUAAGGAUAUCAACACCCUAUUUGUCCGCUUCAAAGGGCAGCCCUGCCAAUCCCAAAUCCUUCCAAAGGUUCCAUAUUGCAUGAUCCUGCAUUACCUUUCCUUACACAAAGGAUGCAGCAAGCACACAGCACCAAGUGCUAAAAGCGUUUCCCCUUCCUUAUAUUUAUAGCUAAAUAUAUAUAUUAUGGGGGAAACAACGCCUAACCAUACACAGUAACACUUCUGCAUCACCUUGUAAUUACUUUUCACCUGACUUAAUGGAGGGUAAAGCAAACACUCUUAACAUAUCCUAGUACUGAUAAGUAAUGUUGAUCUGCACAUCUCUUAUGUGACCGACUGAGAUGCAGACCUUUUGGUCCGUCUCUUCUCACUUGUGUAUUCAACGGUUGAUCGUGAGGGCUGAGUAACUGCGCCCAUUUAGUUUUGUUGGCCUAC